AUGUUCACAAAACCGUCAUCUAGUAAUGCUGUUGUUUUAAAGAGAUCAGGCCACAGUCCUGUCACAGAUGUCAGUUGGUCCCCUAACGGUGACCUCCUGGUCAGUUGCUGUGGUGCAGACACUUCAAUGCUGGUGUGGGAUGUGGCCAUGGAAACUGCUGUACCAUUGCGCAGGGUUGCAGGUGGAGGUAUUGUGUUUGCAAGAUGGUCUCUGGACGCAAGCAAAAUUUUUGCAGCUACUUCAUCCAUCAUAUUCAGGGUGUGGGAUACUCAAACCUGGACACCAGAAAGGUGGUGUGCGCGAGGCUGCAGAGUUGUUGCAGCGUGCUGGGGACCCAAUGACGUCGUUUUGUUUGCUGCCAAGGGCGAACCGAUGGUAUACGCUCUUAGCAACACGGGACUGCUUAACGGUGCGAAGACCAGCAAAGCCCAGCCGGUGCUCGACGUGACCAAAGUGGAGCUGCCGUCAGGUGACUCAGUGGGUGGGCCCAUCCUCGACAUGUGCUGGGACAAGAACGGCCGCUACCUGGCCAUAUUGUUCGAGGAGUCUUACCUGGUGGCGGUGUUCUGCACCACGCCACUGCUGAUGCAGCUCAAGAUAACCCCAUGCUGCUUCGUGUGUGGCAUCGAGGAUGAGCUGCCGACCGCUAUGGCCUUCCAGAACAACUUCGCCGAGGACGCUUGCCUCACCAUCGCUUGGUCGAGCGGCAGACUGCAGCACUUCCCCAUCGUAUACGGAAUG